AUGCCGCUUUUUCUCAACCCAGUCGACAAUGGCUUUGACCCAGCCAGAGACAUUCCUGAUCUCACUGGGAAAAGCAUUCUUGUCACUGGAGGAAAUACUGGACUGGGUGCUGCGACUAUCAGAUUAAUUGCUCCCCACAAUCCAUCCGUCAUCUACCUCUCCGCCCGUCCGGCCACCAUCGCUCAAGCUGAAGAGCUCGUUUCGUCGAUCAAGGAGACCAAACCAGAUGUCAGUAUCGUGAUCUUACCAUUGGAUCUGGCCUCUUUCGCAAGCAUCAAGAAUUUUGCAUCUGAAUUCCUCAAAGAAGCAACACAGCUGGACUUGCUCUUUCUCAACGCCGGGAUCUCAUCAACUGCCCCAUCACUGACCCAGGAUGGCUACGAGAGUCAGUUCGGCGUCAACUACUUGGGCCAUGCGCUGCUCACUCAACUACUGAUGCCCAAACUGCUUGAGACGGCCAGAAGCGGUAGAGAAGUCCGCAUAAUGUCAACAUCCUCCAUGGCUGCAACUUUGGAUCCGCCGCCAACUGGGCUUGCCCUUGAUGAGAUGAAGAAGUCAGAUCCGCUUGCAUCUCCGUAUCAACGAUAUGCCCACUCCAAGAUCGCUAACAUACUGUUCGCUCGGAAGCUUUCACAAGUCUAUCCAUCAAUCCAAUCCGUCUCUUUCGACCCCGGCCAGGUCUGGACUGAUCUCUUCAGAAAGUCAACUUCCAUGAGUCCCUGGAUGAUCAAAUUCCUUGUAACACCGUUCAUGUAUAUAACGUCCGUUGACGUAGAGAGAGGAGCACUGAACGGGCUGUGGGUUGCUUUCGCUGAAGGUGUUAAGAACGGGGCCUACUAUGACCCAGUUGGUGUUCUGGAGGAAAAGAAGACGUUCUUUACCGACCAAAAGCUCACUGAUGAGCUUUGGAAGUGGACGGAAAAGGAGCUAGCGGCUCAUGGAGCACCAGGGUGGCCUGCCGCCUGA